GCGGCACCGGGGCCGCGGUGGGGAGCGGCGGCGGGCGCGGAGCUCGCCCUGCCCGCCGAGCGGCUCCCGGCGCCGGGAGGCCGAGCGCUCCGCCGCCGCCGGGCCCCCGCCGAGGGGGCGGGCUGCACCCGCCGGGUUUAAGUGCGGCCGCGGCCGGCGCGGAGCCGCUUCAUGAGCGGGCGGGGCGGCCGGGACAGCGGCUCCGAGGGGGGAUCCGCCGCCGCGGCCCCGGCAGCAUGAGGCGGGCGUGCCGCUGAGCCGGCCCCGGUGCAGGACCGGGGACGCGCCAUGACCUCGGCGCGGGAGGCGGCCGGUUCCCCCCCGCUGCCCGCCGCGGGCGAGGAGCGCCGCCGGGGCGCUCUGGACCAGCUGCCGCCGCCCGCCAACUCCAACAAGCCGCUGACCCCCUUCGGCAUCGAGGACAUCCUCAGCAGGCCCUCGGGCCGCAGGCCCCCCCCCGGGCACGGCGCGCCCCCGGCCCGGCUCCCGGACAAGGCGGCGGGGCCCGGCGCGCCCCGCAACGGCGUGUGCGCCCCGUCCUCGCCGCUCUGCGCGCUGGAGGAGCUCGCCAGCAAAACUUUCAAGGGGCUGGAGCUGAACGUGUUGCAGGCGGCGGAAGGUACCGGGGCGCCUCGGGGCCGGGCCGGCAGCGCGG